CUCACAAUUCCACUCAAAAAUUGUGACCGCUAUGUCCGCUAUUCCGUUUAAGUUUGACUACUCACUUUAACCAUAUACGGUGUUAUUAUCUCGACGGUUACUUCAUUCUCGUUAUCGAGAGUGUCCAGCGAAUUAAUAAUAACGGAGACCGAGUGUUUUUGGGGAUUGGAAAGAUGUCUGAUCCUCGACAGCGAACCCUGAAGAUUAAAACCGGUGUUGUUAAACGUUUGGCGAAGGAAAAGGUUACGUACGAGAAGGAAGCCGUCCAGCAGAAGGAGAGGAUACAAAAGUAUAAGGAUCAAGGCAAAGACGGUCAUGACAUCAGAAAACAAGAAGAAGUCCUCCAGGAAUCCUUAAUGAUGAUCCCGGACUGUCAGCGUCGCCUGGUCAAAGCCUACGAAGACCUGAAGAAGAUCCUAGAAUCCGAGCAAGACCUCAAGGACUCCGAGCCCUACCUCGACGCCGAGAAAGUCCUCGAGGAGGCCGAACAGCAGCUCCCGAAGGACUCCGAGGCCCUCUCAGUCUCCUAAUACCCUCUCUAAACCCUACUAACGCCCCUAAAUCAAAAAGACCUGAGAACUCAACCAAACAACAAAUCUCCAGCUGUAAAAUACGAAACCCCCAUGUA